GCCUCCAGCUGUGAUUAUGAGAUAUAUCGUUAGCCACGCCCCCAGAGGCCGGCCUUUAUAACAGCACCGCGCCCGGAGCACCGUCUUCUCUCUUCCGUCCUCCGGAUCCGCCACUUCUCCGUCUCACUCAACAAUGGCUGCCAGAACCGAGCGCACCUUCAUCGCCAUCAAGCCGGACGGCGUCCAGAGAGGCCUGAUCGGAGACAUCGUCAAGCGCUUCGAGCAGAAGGGCUUCAGACUCGUGGCCAUGAAGUUCCUCCAGGCGUCUGAGGACCUGCUGAAGCAGCACUACAUCGACCUGAAGGACCGUCCCUUCUACCCCGGUCUGGUCAAGUACAUGAGCUCCGGGCCGGUGGCUGCGAUGGUGUGGGAGGGUCUGAAUGUGGUGAAGACUGGAAGAGUGAUGCUGGGAGAGACCAAUCCUGCAGACUCCAAGCCUGGCACCAUCAGAGGAGACUUCUGCAUUGAAGUGGGCAGGAACAUCAUCCACGGCAGUGACUCUGUGGACAGUGCUAAUAAAGAGAUCAGCUUGUGGUUCAAGCCUGAGGAGCUGGUGUCGUACAAGAGCUGUGCACAAGACUGGAUCUACGAGUAAACCCCAGACCCGUUAUCAGUAUGAACCCCAGUGUUUGUGAUUCUUGUCUUGCUGAAGCACUUGCUCAAUAAAUCAAGAUGUGCCACA